CAUUAAUUACCACUACUCACUACCAAUCCUUCUUUAAUUCAUGCCAAUUGUCGCCGGUCGACUACCCACCCAUACGAAUAAUUCCAGCUCUUUCUUGCUCAGCAAAUCCAACACAUAAUCGCACUGCAUUCACUCUCGGCAUUUGCACUAUCGCCUUCUUUCAGACACCAAACCAGCACGAUAUCGAACAACCUGUUUCAAACGACUACCGCUCUUCAGCACUAAAAGAAACUUAAUAUAUACCAAGAACACCAACAAUCUUCGAAAUGGCAGCCAUCCAGCUUAACUUUUCUCUCCGCACCUCGGCCAACUGCAAGACCGUCCACCUUCUCGGCUCCUGGGACAACUACGCAGGCCAGCUCCCGCUCUCCAAGGACUCCAAGAAGUCAGGAGGCUGGUUGGGCACUUUCCGCUUCCAGGGCCAGCAACUGAAGCAGGGCUCCCGCUACUGGUACUACUACAUCAUCGACGGCUACCACGUCUCGCACAACCCGGCCCACGAGUUCACCGUCGAGCCCACCACCGGCCGCAAGCUCAACAUCCUCGACAUCCCCGGCAAGACCGCCGCGCCCGCCUCGCGCUCCGCCGCCGCCGCCUCGUCGCGCGAGUCCUCCAAGCGCCACUCGCGCCGCAUCUCGUCCGAGAUCCCCAAGGGCCGCGCGCUGUCGCCAUCCAAGAUCCAGGCCCCGACGCCCGUCAAGCCCGGCCAGGUGCGCAACAUUGUCGCCGGCAACUACGAGCCCGCCACCGUCGAGGCGCUGACCAGCCGCUUCUCCCUGGCCACCAUGGAGGACUCCGACGACGACAGCGAGUACGACUCCGAUGACUCUUCGGAUGUCCCGUCCUUGACCUCGCGCUCCUCCAACUCGAGCUCGCCCUCGAGCGUGUCGAGCACCUCGAGCUGCUGCACCUGCGAACGCUACGGCAUCACCCGCGCUGGCGACCGCGUCAAGCUUGACUGCGGCGGCGCGCGCUGCGGCUUCUCCGACGACUCGGACGAGUGCUCCAGCGAGGACGACGAGGCCUACGAGGCCCGCCAGACCCGCCGCCAGGGUAUUGUCGUGCGCACUUAAGUGAACCCCAAACCCACGUCAGUGUACCACUUGCAACAACACCCAAACGCCACACAGAUCCCGUGCGAGGGAAAACGCUCCUUUUCGAAACACCCUUCUUGUCUAUACUAUUCACGCCUAACCUCACGGCCUUUAUUACGUUACUAUUAGUGCGCUCAAUCCUGUCGUUUGGAUUUUACCUCGAGACUUGUUCGAUUUUUUUUUUUGGUUGCGCCACUGAAGAUGGAUAUAAUGAAAAGCGCUUUCCCUACUCUACUCACCUAUUGCCGAUCCACUGGUUGGGG